CACAUCUUUGGACAGUAGAAUAACGAACAGAAACACCUGCUUUAACGCCACGAAGUGUCUAUUUUCUCAGUACCUCAACGGCCAGGUGUAAGCUAUUACUUAAAUGGUUUUUAUUUUGAAAAGUCUUACCGGAAAUUAAUUUCAUUUCGGAUUGCUUGACACUGAUCCGUGCGCUCUCACUCCCUCCAGCUCCUGCCGCCCUGGAGGCGCACUGACCAGUGAGGAAAAGUGGACGUGUUUACUCUGACUGACUGGCUGUUUUAGUUUAGAAGAUGUGACUUUGAUUGAUUUUGUACAGGAAAGUUGGAUCCAUGUGACUGGUAGUCAUCAUGUUUCGUUUCUUUGGAGCGACGGAGUGAUGCAGAGUGGAAAGGAUCGAAUUGGGAAUAAAACUUGGCUUGCGCGCUGGCAUCGCACGUCAGGUGUUUCAGCGCUUGGAUAGAGGUCGUUUCUUUCUGUCAUGGUGUCAGUGUCCGCGGUGAGUUCUCCUGGAGCACUAUGGAGGAAAGAAAAAGAAUUUUCUUCUAUCUUCUCGUCGCGAUGCAGCUCUGCCUGAGCUCAGCACAAGUCCUCAGAAUCGGUGGUAUUUUUGAGACCCGGGAGAGUGAGUUAGUGAGUAUGGACGAGCUGGCGUUCAAGUUUGCAGUAAAUAACAUAAACCGCAACAAGACCCUGAUGCCCAACACUACUCUCACCUACGACAUUCAGAGGAUCAACCUGUUUGAUGGCUUUGAGGCUUCCAGGAGAGUGUGUGACCAGCUGGCUCUCGGGGUGGUUGCUGUGUUCGGUCCUUCUCACAGCUCCUCGGUCAGCGCUGUUCAGUCCAUCUGCAACGCCCUGGAAGUCCCUCACAUUCAGACCCGCUGGAAACACCCGUCAGUGGACAACAAAGACACCUUCUUCAUCAAUCUGUAUCCCGAGUAUACCGCCAUUGCCAGGGCCAUCCUGGACGUAGUCACUUUCUUCAAAUGGAGGAAGCUAACAGUGGUUUAUGAGGACAGCACGGGUCUGAUGCGGAUGCAGGAGUUGAUCAAGGCUCCGGCAAAGUUCAACCUGAAGAUCAAGAUCCGCCAGCUGACCCCGGGUAACCAAGAUGCCCGACCGCUACUUAAGGAACUGAAGAAAGACAAGGAAUUUUUUAUCCUCUUUGACUGCUCCUAUCGCAUGGCUGCGGAGCUCCUGAAGCAGCUUUCAUCCAUGGGAAUGAUGACUGAGUACUACCAUUUCUUCUUCACGACUUUGGAUUUGUUUGCCCUAGACUUGGAGCCAUACCGCUACAGCGGGGUCAACAUGACAGGCUUCAGACUGCUGAAUGUUGAUGACCCGUGGGUAGCCUCCACAAUGGACAGGUGGGCCAUGGAAAGACUGCAGGGUCCCAAACAAGAGAGUGGCCUGAUGGACGGAAUCAUGACUACGGACGCAGCCUUGAUGUACGACGCAGUGUUCAUGGUAGCUGUUGCGUCCCAGCGGGCCACUCAGAUGACCGUCAGCUCCCUGCAGUGUCACCGUCAUAAACCCUGGCGCUUCGGACCACGCUUCAUGAACCUCUUCAAAGAGGCACAGUGGGAUGGACUGACAGGGCACAUUGUUCUUAAUAAGACGGAUGGCCUGAGGAGAGACUUUGAUUUGGACAUCAUCAGCCUCAAAGAGGACGGCACUGCCAGGGGUGUUGUGGAGGGCGGAAGUCGCCUUACCAAAAGGUGGAUCAAGAUUGCUGUGUGGAACUCGUACAGGGGAAUGAACCUGACGGAGUCCAACCGAGACAAGAAUAACAAUGUGACAGACUCUUUGGCUAACAGGACUCUUAUUGUCACCACGAUACUGGAAAAUCCAUAUGUGAUGCAUAAAAAGUCAGACAAGGAGCUGGUUGGGAAUGAUCGUUUUGAGGGUUACUGCCUGGACCUUUUGAAAGAGCUCUCCAACAUCUUGGGUUUUACAUACGAAGUCAGACUGGUGGCUGAUGGGAAAUACGGAGCCCAGAAUGACAAGGGAGAGUGGAACGGGAUGGUCCGGGAGCUGAUUGACCACGUUGCAGACCUUGCUGUGGCUCCCUUGACCAUCACCUAUGUUAGAGAGAAAGUCAUCGACUUCUCCAAGCCCUUCAUGACCUUAGGUAUCAGCAUCCUGUACCGCAAACCUAACGGCACCAAUCCGGGUGUGUUCUCCUUCCUUAAUCCCCUGUCUCCGGACAUCUGGAUGUAUGUGCUGCUAGCCUGCACAGGAGUUAGCUGUGUGCUCUUUGUGAUUGCCAGGUUUACUCCAUACGAGUGGUACAACCCACAUCCAUGCAACCCGUCCUCAACUCUCAUACAGAACAAUUUCACUUUACUCAACAGUUUCUGGUUUGGUGUUGGAGCUCUCAUGCGACAAGGCUCUGAGCUUAUGCCUAAGGCUCUGUCCACUCGUAUAGUUGGGGGUAUCUGGUGGUUCUUCACCUUAAUCAUCAUUUCCUCCUACACGGCCAACUUGGCUGCCUUCCUCACUGUGGAACGAAUGGAUGCGCCCAUUGACUCAGCAGACGACCUGGCGAAGCAGACAAGGAUUGAAUAUGGGGCUGUGAGGGAUGGAUCCACCAUGACCUUCUUCAAGAAAUCAAAGAUCUCCACCUAUGAGAAGAUGUGGGCGUUUAUGAGCAGCCGGAAGAACACAGCGUUGGUUAAGAACAACAGGGAAGGCAUCACACGGGUCCUGACGACAGACUACGCCAUGCUGAUGGAGUCCACCAGCAUCGAGUACAUCAGCCAGAGAAACUGCAACCUCACGCAGAUCGGAGGUCUCAUAGACUCCAAGGGCUAUGGAGUGGGAACACCUAUCGGUUCUCCAUACAGGGAUAAAGUGACCAUUGCCAUCCUUCAGCUGCAGGAGGAAGGAAAGCUGCACAUGAUGAAGGAGAAGUGGUGGAGAGGCAAUGGCUGUCCAGAGGAGGACAACAAGGAAGCCAAUGCUCUGGGCGUGGAAAACAUCGGCGGUAUCUUCAUCGUCCUGGCUGCUGGUCUGGUUCUCUCUGUGUUCGUGGCUAUCGGAGAGUUCAUCUACAAGGCCCGCAGGAAUGCCGACAUAGAGGAGGCCUUUUGUUUCUUUUAUGGGGUGCAGUCCCGUCAGUUCCAGCGGCGUGGCUCCACCUCCUCCUCUGGCACCUCCUUAUCUACUGAUCUGGAGAGCGGCAGGCUACUGGGGGACGACACAGAGUAGCCAUGGCAGCACAUUUACAACAUGUACACACUCUAGAUGAUAGGUUUGUAACCAGGUGUCCUUCUCUCUGCCCCUGUUGAAAAUACCCCAGUAUACCUGCACCUGUGUGAGCAAAUCCCAGUUACCAUUACCCUCAAUACCUGACCCUUGUGCUCAUACUAAUUCGCUACAAAAUGUCCUUUUUUCUACUAAUUUGAACUGGUUUCCAUUGAACUUUUGUCCUCAAUGUAUUCCUUUUGUCCUAAGGCUAGUGUUAAAUUAUGACAAAGUGUAUUACUGUGUGGUUGUAUACUGUAUAACUGGGUAUAUUUCAGCAGUAGGAUACACACCCUUUAUUUUCUUAGGAACUAACAAGCUUGUUUUAUGAAGAGAAUUCACAUCAUCUUCAUGCAGGCAUGUCUGCCUCAUAAGUGACUACCCACUCUUAUUUACAUCCUCUUGUUAUACAGCAUCUAAGGAGCACUUUACUGAUGAAAGCCUGAAAAUACUGACUGUAAUUAGGGAAAACACUCAGGACAACUGGAAAGCAUUUUUUUUUUUUAAAGUUGCAAGUUAUUAUAUAAAACGUGUGAGUAACCUGUCUGUGUCCUUUUGAGCACAAAAUUAUUAAAAUUCUGGAUAGUUUGCAAAAUGUGGUUCAUAUAAACAGUGUAGAGCUCUGUGCUCCUCUUUUCUCACUUGUAGCCUUCCAAUACCAGCCCACAAGUUUUGCUUCAUUCAGUGUAGUCUCAGUAGGCAUGUGUGUAUACUUUAGAAGAAGACUUUGAAUGUCUUUAGGGAAAUCAAAAGAUAGGAAACGUUAUUUGAAUAUUUUCCUCCUCAUUAAGCUCAUUGGUAGACUGGUUUGGUUGGCUGAAAUUUGGGUAACAGUGAUGGAACAACAUGUCAGGUAAACAUGUCCCCUGACACAGAUCCAAAGCCAAAAGUAAAGUUGUAAUUUCAUAAAUAACUUCUGGUGACUGCAGGACUGAAGUAAUGAUCAAUGGGAUCACAGAGGGAUACAGACUUUCAAGGUCUUCCCUGCUCCCUUGGACUGACCUUGUUAUCCAGUUGGAAGAUCCAUCUCUGUCCAAAAUGUAGUGAAAAACCCAAAGAAAAUAUUCAGUUAGUUAUAGCAAAUAUUAACCACUACAAAGAGGAAUAAUUAAUACUACUGUCAUUAAAGGGUAUAAAAUCAGUGUACAUUAGAUAAUCAUGUAAACCACUAAAUGAGUAGGAUACCUUAUUAUAAAAGACAAGAAUCAAUUAUGUUUUUGGUCUGUGUUGUUUCAUCAAAUACAUACACUGGGACUGCCAGGUGGCAAGAAUCAUUAAUUGUGGGAUAUUACAAGUAUAUUCAUUUCAAGUUCAUACUUUAUCUAGUUCAUAUUAGUUAAGUAAGUAUGGUUUAGGUUUUUACAGUGUGCAAAUCCAGAAAAUACAUGAAUUGAAUCUGCGGUUUUUGCUCCUAUUUCUCAGUCUUUAAGGUGUGAGGUUGGUAUGAGGUAGGUUUUCUCCACUGAUACUGAGUGUUACUGGUUUUCGUGGGAAACCCUGCAGGACGCCAUAUUCGUUUGAGAAGCCUUAGGCAAAGCCUGAGGAUGAAAGAGGAAGACCUUCUAUGGUCCUUCGAUGCAAAGACCAACAGAUAAAAACGGGAUGACUUUGUGCUGUGAAUGAUAAUUUGCAAAAUAAAUGUAGUGAGCACCCCCUCUGGAGAGAUCAAAAUAAAAAACAUGAUCGAAGAUUAAUGAGUUCAAUGCGAUGUAUUAUUCUGCAGAAUCAAAUAAGCCUAAGGCUUCUCAUUUCAGAUGGUCCUCUCUUUGAUCAUUUCAAAUAAUUAUGGUAUUAUGAAUUCAUAGCUCCCUGCAUUAGGAUGUUACACAGCAGACACUGUCCUUCAUCUCUUGUCUGUGUAAUUGGAUUUUACGAUGAGACAACAGAGUUUACAAGUCUUUUACAACUCUUUUAGACAAAUUUACAAUUUAUGUGUUUUUUCAUUUCUGAUGUGUGUCUGGUCAGACUUUAGAGCUGACUUGCAGUUAUCGGCUGCCUGCUCACAUUCAGCUGCAGGCAAGCUGAAUCAAAUGUCAUCGCCUUAGUUUUAAACUUAAAUUAGUGUAGCUUUCAAUUAAUGCUGUAUCCAAUAAUUCCCUUGUUGAUCCUAUUAUGGAGCAGCUGUAUUUUUCUAUGGUAGCACAUUCACCCAGUCUUUAUACUAAUGGCUAAAGUUCAUAAUGACUUCAGCUUUGUCAGUGUCUUAACCCAGGCCUUUAAUUGUUGUUCUCUUUGGAAGUGUGUGUCUUUUAGUGCCGUGAUGGAGGAGUUGGGCAUCUCCCUGCAGUGUUACAAAGGCAUCCGGAGGAGGUCACGACCCCACAGCGGAGCAAGAUCAGCUUGCAUCUUCUGUCAACCCAAACGCACUGCAAGGAGGGAGG